CGUUUAUUUUUUUGAUUUGUCUUAUUUUUUCCUUCACUGUUGUCUUCUUCUAUCGCACUCCCAACUCGCAGACCACAAAACCACUCAACCUCUCUCUCUCACGCAAAAAACCGAUGAAAAACCGGGUCUGAUCGGUGUUUUUUCCCCGAAACUAUCCUCUAAUGGCUUCUACUCUACCUGUGCCGCAGUUCACAUUCCUCUCUUCGCAAACCACUUGCAGAAGACGCCGGGUCUCUCUUUCUACUACCUCGCACUCCGUACUUCAUUUAGCUACAUUUGACAGUAGAUUUUACAGCCUCGGGCUUCGAACUAGGGUUAAAGCUCUGAAAGAAGAUGGAGCGGUUGUAGUGGAGACUGAAUUAGCUGAAAAGGUUAAUUCUAUUGAAUUCAGUGGCAAUGGUUCUGCGGCUUCUCCUAGUAGUAGUGGUUACGGCUAUGAUGGAUCCGUUUUGGGACAGGAGGUUUUAGGGAGCAGAAACGGAGGCAGUAAUGGUAGCUUGGUGAAGUAUGUAAACGGAAAUGGUGUUCCGGCGAAUGUGGUGGUUGGGGAGGUUGAAGUUCCCGAGGCGAAGGAGGAAAGGAGAAAGAAGAAGCUUGAGGAGAUUGGAAAAGAGGACGCGUGGUUUAAGCAGAGCAGCCAGGAGCGGGUUCAGGUUUCUGUUGCCCCUGGGGGCCGUUGGAGUAGAUUCAAAACCUAUUCAACAAUACAAAGAACCUUGGAAAUAUGGGGUUCUAUAUUAACAUUUAUCUUCAAGGCUUGGUUGAACAACCAGAAAUUCUCAUAUCGAGGAGGAAUGACAGAGGAGAAGAAAGUCUUAAGGCGAAAGGCCCUUGCCAAGUGGUUAAAGGAAAAUAUAUUGAGAUUAGGUCCUACAUUUAUCAAAAUUGGGCAGCAGUUCUCUACGCGAGUAGACAUUCUUGCUCAAGAAUAUGUUGAUCAGUUGUCUGAACUUCAGGAUCAAGUUCCUCCCUUUCCAUCUGAGACUGCCAUGUCAAUAGUUGAAGAGGAGCUCGGAGCUCCCCUAGGUGAUAUAUUUGAUCGGUUUGACUAUGAGCCAAUUGCUGCCGCUAGUCUCGGUCAGGUCCACCGAGCGAGACUUAAGGGACAAGAAGUUGUGGUUAAAGUUCAAAGACCUGGACUAAAGGAUCUUUUUGAUAUUGAUUUGAAAAACCUAAGGGUAAUAAUGGAAUAUCUUCAAAAAAUUGACCCAAAGUCGGAUGGCGCGAAGAGAGAUUGGGUUGCUAUUUAUGAUGAAUGUGCAAGUGUUCUAUACCAGGAGAUUGACUAUACCAAGGAAGCUGAAAAUGCAGAACUAUUUGCAAGUAAUUUCAAAGACAUUGAAUAUGUGAAAGUCCCAACGAUAUUUUGGGAAUACACAACACCCCAGGUUCUAACAAUGGAGUAUGUCCCUGGGAUCAAAAUAAAUCGGAUACAAGCUUUAGAUGAGUUGGGUGUUGAUCGCCAAAGGUUAGGUCGAUAUGCUGUUGAAUCUUAUUUGGAACAAAUUCUGUCUCAUGGAUUCUUCCACGCUGAUCCUCAUCCUGGAAAUAUAGCUGUUGAUGAUGUCAAUGGUGGACGGUUAAUCUUUUAUGACUUUGGAAUGAUGGGAAGUAUCAGUUCAAACAUACGAGAAGGUUUGCUUGAAGUCUUCUAUGGAGUUUAUGAGAAGAACCCAGAUAAGGUUCUUCAAGCAAUGACUCAAAUGGGUGUUCUUGUGCCCACUGGAGAUAAGACAGCUGUCCGACGGACAGCACAGUUUUUCCUUAACAGUUUUGAAGAGCGUCUUGCAGCACAAAGAAAAGAAAGGGAGCUGGCCAAGCAAGAACCUGGUUUCAAAAAGCCUUUGACGAAGGAGGAAAAGAUUGAGAAAAAGAAGCAACGCCUUGCUGCAAUUGGGGAGGAUUUAUUAGCCAUUGCAGCCGAUCAACCCUUCCGUUUUCCGGCCACGUUCACAUUUGUUGUUAGAGCAUUUUCAGUAUUAGAUGGCAUUGGCAAGGGCCUUGAUCCUCGUUUUGACAUUACUGAGAUUGCCAAACCCUAUGCAUUGGAUCUGCUAAAAUUCCGGGAAGCUGGAGUUGAAGUAAUAUUGAAGGACUUCAGAAAUAGAUGGGAUCGGCAGUCCCGCGCUUUCUACAAUUUAUUCAGACAAGCUGACAGAGUCGAAAAGCUUGUUGAAACUAUCGAACGAUUGGAGCAAGGUGAUCUGAAGCUACGGGUUCGAACUUUGGAGUCUGAGAGGGCAUUCCAGCGUGUUGCAGCUGUUCAGAACACAGUAGGGAGUGCGGUAGCAGCCGGAAGCCUAAUAAACCUGGCAACAAUUUUGUAUCUAAACGCCAUACGAGUACCAGCCACUGUAGCGUAUGUAUUUUGUGCAUUCUUUAGUUUUCAAGUUCUCAUUGGCAUUAUCAAGGUCAAAAAAUUGGAUCAAAGAGAGAGGCUGAUUACAGGAACUGCUUAAUCAUUUGGUAGAUACCGUAGUUUAACUGCUUGUUGCAGAUUCAGGUUGGAGCUACGACUCCCCCAUGGCUGUUGAACUGUCAGUUCCAGAAGUUAAAGGAGCAUCGAGGGUACGCCUUUUCUUACCAAUGUGAACCAACACUUUCGGGCUUGUGGAAUUUAUGAUGAAUAUAUUGCACUUGGGUGGUGUUACACUGAAGUCAUGCUAGUAGUUAUGUGGUAGACAACUUAUGCUCAUCUGGGUGGCUGAAUAUCCAACUAGAGUGCUUUCAGCUCCAUUUUUCGCCCUCAAUGACUCUUCAUCUUAAGUCAAUUUUUUGCUACAUUAGUGCAGAGUCAAUAUUGUUAGUGUUUUGCCUCCUUCCCCUAUAAUUCCGGAGGGUUGCAUAUCUCGGUAUAAUAACAUACAAUACAUAUGGUAUAUGCAUGUAUGUUUGUAUGCAUGUAUUGAUUUAUGUACGUUUGUAUGUA